AUGAAGGGAGAAGGAAUUGAAGGAGAAGUAGGAAUGAAAGGUGCUUUGGGAACAAAAGGCUCAAAGGGAAUGCUAGGUCCACAGGGUAUGGACGGUGAACUGGGUGAAAAGGGCAGAACAGGCCGCAAUGGUCGAAGGGGACGUAGAGGCCGGCUGGGAAAAGAUGGAGAAAACGGACAAAGGGGAUCCAAAGGUGCAAUCGGCGACAAAGGGAAAAAAGGCAUGAAGGGAUAUAAAGGCAUAAAAGGACAAAAAGGAUCGAAAGGCCAUAAAGGAAUGAAAGGAUAUAAAGGCAACAAAGGCUACAAAGGCGUGAAGGGUAACAAAGGUUACAAAGGUCAAAAGGGAUUUAAAGGUUAUAAAGGACUAAAGGGUAUUAACGGAAGCAAAGGAUUAAAAGGCUAUAAAGGAUAUAAAGGACAAAAAGGGUUUAAAGGUUUAAAGGGACAAAAAGGUUUUAAAGGGUACAAGGGACAAAAAGGAUAUAAGGGUAGCAAGGGAAUGAAGGGAUACAAGGGAUAUAAAGGUGAAAAGGACAAUAAAGGUUACAAAGGUCAAAAAGGAUACAAAGGUGACAAAGGUCAAAAAGGUUAUAAAGGUUACAAAGGACAAAAAGGAUAUAAAGGUAAUAAGGGAAUAAAAGGAGAUAAAGGAUACAAAGGACAAAAAGGCUUAAAAGGAAACAAAGGACAGAAAGGAUAUAAAGGAUACAAAGGACAGAAAGGAUUCAAAGGAUACAAAGGUCAAAAAGGAACUAAAGGUUACAAAGGACAAAAAGGAACUAAAGGUUACAAAGGAAUAAAGGGAUUUAAAGGCUACAAAGGUCAGAAAGGUUACAAAGGUUUAAAAGGAGUAAAAGGAUUAAAAGGGCAAAAAGGAGUGAUAGGACAAAAAGGAUAUAAAGGACAAAAGGGUAAUAAAGGUUACACGGGUCAAAAAGGCUAUAAAGGAGAAAAAGGACGAAAAGGAUAUAAAGGUAUAAAGGGAAUGAAAGGAUACAAAGGAUUUAAAGGCGAAAAGGGACAAAAGGGAUACAAAGGCGAAAAAGGAACGAAAGGCUUUAAAGGAAAUAAAGGAGAAAAGGGCUAUAAAGGUUACAAAGGAGGAAAGGGUUACAAAGGUAACAAAGGGCAGAAGGGAUACAAAGGUUAUAAGGGAACGAAAGGAUAUAAAGGUCAAAAGGGACAAAAGGGAUCUAAGGGUUACAAGGGCAAAAAAGGAUAUAAAGGAGAAAAGGGAAAAAAAGGACUUAAAGGAUUGAAAGGACUAAAAGGAUACAAAGGUUAUAAAGGACAAAAAGGUUAUAAGGGAUUGAAAGGACAAAAAGGAUACAAAGGUUUAAAGGGCCAAAAGGGUCACAAAGGUUUUAAAGGACAAAAAGGAUACAAAGGACAAAAGGGAACAAAAGGUUUAAAAGGAUAUAAGGGACAAAAAGGUAGUAAGGGUUACAAAGGAGAAAAGGGAUACAAAGGUAAUAAAGGGCACAAAGGUUAUAAAGGUUAUAAAGGAAUGAAGGGAUAUAAAGGUGAUAAGGGGCAAAAGGGAAAUAAAGGUUAUAAAGGACAGAAGGGAAUUAAAGGCGUUAAAGGACAGAAAGGCGUUAAAGGUUUCAAGGGAAUGAAAGGCUUUAAAGGAUAUAAAGGUCAAAAAGGAAGUAAAGGAUACAAAGGACAGAAAGGAAAUAAAGGUUAUAAAGGACAGAAAGGAAACAAAGGAUAUAAAGGAAUGAAAGGUUAUAAAGGAGAAAAGGGAUUCAAAGGUAAAAAGGGAUUCAAAGGAUACAAAGGAGAAAAGGGUUAUAAAGGAUUCAAAGGACAAAAGGGACAUAAGGGAUAUAAAGGAAUGAAAGGGAUGAAAGGAUACAAAGGACAAAAAGGAACUAAGGGAUAUAAAGGUCAUAAAGGCUUUAAAGGAUAUAAGGGACAAAAAGGAUACAAAGGUAAUAAAGGAAUGAAAGGAAAUAAAGGUAACAAAGGACAGAAAGGAUAUAAAGGUUACAAAGGUCUUAAAGGUGACAAAGGUUAUAAAGGACAAAAAGGAUUAAAAGGCUUCAAAGGAAUAAAGGGAUAUAAAGGUAACAAAGGUCAAAAAGGUUAUAAAGGACUCAAAGGUCAAAAGGGUUAUAAAGGACUCAAAGGACAAAAGGGAUAUAAAGGAUAUAAAGGACAGAAAGGAAUUAAAGGAUAUAAAGGACAGAAAGGAAUUAAAGGAAUUAAAGGACAGAAAGGAUUUAAAGGGAAAAAAGGACACAAAGGUUAUAAAGGCUACAAAGGACAAAAGGGUAAUAAAGGUUAUAAAGGACAAAAAGGACAUAAGGGAGAAAAGGGAAUGAAGGGAAACAAAGGAUAUAAAGGUAAAAAAGGACAAAAAGGAUAUAAAGGCAAAAAAGGUUAUAAAGGUUUUAAAGGACAAAAAGGAUAUAAAGGUUAUAAAGGUCAAAAGGGCAACAAAGGUUAUAAAGGACAGAAAGGAUAUAAAGGAGAAAAGGGAAUGAAAGGCAAUAAAGGGGUUAAAGGACAGAAGGGUUAUAAGGGUAUUAAAGGAAUAAAGGGUUAUAAAGGUAUGAAAGGAUCAAAAGGUAAUAAAGGUUACAAAGGAAUGCAGGGGCAAAAGGGAAAUAAAGGAGAGAAGGGGCUCAAAGGAUACAAAGGAAUGAAAGGGCAGAAAGGAUACAAGGGACUCAAAGGACCAAAAGGUUAUAAGGGAAUGAAAGGAUAUAAAGGGACCAAAGGACAAAAAGGAUAUAAAGGGACCAAAGGACAAAAAGGAUAUAAAGGUUACAAAGGACAAAAAGGUUAUAAGGGAUUUAGAGGACUGAAAGGCGUAAAAGGAGCAAAGGGGCAACAAAAUACAGAAAAAGGAAGAAAAGGAGGAUUAGGUGAGAAAGGCUUGAAAGGAGUUAAAGGAGAACCCGGUCCUAAAGGAGCUAAAGGAAGGAAAGGGAGAAAGGGACUUAAAGGUGAUAAGGGUGAAUAUGAGAGGCAUACUGGUGUAGGUAAAUGUAACAGCAGUGAUUGGUCAGUUAACAUUGUCUUAGCAUGA